GCCAGGCAGCAUGACCCACCCCCGUGAGGCGCCCGAAUCUGCCCCCUGAGCGCCCGGUGCCGGCGGAGCGCCCCGCUGCAGCUUGCCGACGGCGCCGGGAAAGAUGCUGUCGCGGCUGGUCCUGCCCGGCUGACGCCCCGCCGCUGCCGCCGCACCCCCGUCCCCAUUGUCCCCUCGUCGUCUCCGGCUCCAUGAGCGCCUCCUCCUCCCCCCUCCUCUGAGCUUCCCGCCCUCCACCUCAUGGCUGCAUCGGAAGAAGGGACCGGUUGCUUUCUCCCGCGAGGCAGGUCGCAGAGUGACCCCAGCAUCCUCACCGACCCCGCGGGCCCCGGCGCCGGGGAGCACCCAGAUGAGAUGGAGCAGUCCCCUGCAAUGCGUUCUGACUACUUGGUCUCAGGGAUUCGAACUCCGCCAGUGAGGAGGAACAGCAAACUGGCAACACUGGGCAGGAUCUUCAAACCAUGGAAGUGGAGGAAAAAGAAAAAUGAAAAGUUGAAGCAGACAUCUGCAGUGCUGGAGAAGAAGAUGACAGCACGACAAGGUCGGGAUGAACUCAUUAAGAAAGGCCUUCUGGAGAUGAUGGAACAAGAUACCGAAGGCAAAGCCUGCACUGGUGAUGAUGCCACGAGAGCAACACAGAGUGACCCUCCAUCUCCCAUGUGCCAGGCACUUGCCUCAGAAGAGGUGCAGCAAGAGAGUAAAACAGCAGCCACAACGAAUGUGACCUUGAUUGGUGAGGAGCUGCAUUUGGAUGAGCUGGAAGAAGAUGCAGCCAAGAAACCUUCAGCACCCAUGGAAGAAUUUGAAGAUGCCAGCCUGCCAGCAUCUGAAGACAGUCCACAAGCCUUACUUGUAUCUGAAUCCACAGAUUCCCCCCAGAAAGAGACAGAAAGAAACCCAGCCCAGCUUCCUAGCCCUCCAUUGCUCCCAGCUCCACCACCUAAGGCAAUCUCCAAAAUUGCAAAGGGCGUAACAGCAGGAAGUGAGAUAGAUGACCCAGCCAUGAAAUCUCCUCCUUCCACCAUCCUGAAGAAUUAUGUUAUUGUUGGCUCCUCCCAAAUCUCAGGACAAGCUGCCCUCUUCCAUCCCUCUGGCCAGAAAAGUUCAGAUCCCCAUGUCAGAGGACAGGUAACAACGCCAACUGGUUCCCCUCACCUGGCUGCUGUCCACCUGCCUUUACCUCCCAGCAAAGUCAUUGAAGAACUCCACAGGGCUUUGGCCACCAAACACCGUCAGGACAGCUUCCAUGGAAGAGAAAGCAAAGGCUCUCCAAAAAAGAGAGUGGAUGUCCGUCCAUCCAGAACAUCGAGCAUUGAGCGCAACAAAGAGAAGGAGAACUCGCUGGGUUACAGCAGUGACUCAGAAAACAAGCGGAACUCGGUUAAAGAGUCAGAUGAGAACAAGGAAAACAUGAUCAUGAACUCAGAGCUGAAGGAAGACUCUGUUUUUUAUCAGGACGAGGAAGUUUUGAAUGACUCUGUCAUUUCUGGUACUUUGCCAAGAAAAUGCAAGAAAGAACUGCUGGCUGUAAAACUACGAAACAGACCAAGUAAGCAGGAGCUGGAAGACAGGAAUAUUUUUCCAAGGAGAACAGAUGAGGAAAGACAGGAAAUCCGUCAGCAAAUUGAAAUGAAACUCUCAAAGCGACUCAGCCAAAGACCUGCUGUUGAGGAGCUCGAAAGAAGAAAUAUCCUUAAACAACGAAAUGAUCAAACAGAACAGGAAGAAAGAAGGGAAAUAAAACAGAGACUGACAAGAAAGCUUAACCAGAGACCUACAGUUGAUGAACUGAGAGACAGAAAAAUCCUGAUUCGAUUCAGUGAUUACGUGGAAGUGGCAAAAGCACAGGACUACGACAGACGAGCAGAUAAACCAUGGACAAGACUAUCAGCAGCAGAUAAGGCAGCAAUUCGGAAAGAGCUAAAUGAAUACAAAAGCAAUGAAAUGGAGGUACAUGCCUCAAGCAAACACUUGACAAGAUUUCACAGGCCAUAGAAAUUUUCUUCUGAGAAGAAUCCGUCUUUACUUUUUGAUACUGCUGUUGGACACACAUCAGGGAAUAUCUGAGUCUUUCCCUAACGUUCAGUCCGGGACACCUUGAUGUUUAUGUGAAAGGACUCUGCAGAUGAAGCCUCUGCAGCACUUACAUGCAGAAGGAAACAGCAGAGAUGUACUUUGCUCGGAAGUCAGAAGAGCAGUGGCCUGCAGAGUGAGACGAUCUGCUGAAAAAGACUGAAGUAAAGCUACUUGAAAGAACCUACUGCUCUCCUUUAACACUCCUUUUAAACUGUUUUGCAGCCUAUGUUGGAAAAGGAGAUGUGCAUGUACAGGCUUUACCAUUCCAAGGCCUCUGACAUAAUGGACAUGACGCACCGUCAUUCAGUAUUACAUUGACAAGACAUUUUGAACUUACCACAAUUAGUUUGUAAAACACUUAAGUUCAUGUUCUAAAAACUAAUGUAUUAUAAUUUCAUUCUUUUUUAUAUAAUGUCUAACAGAAUCACAGCUGCAAGCAUUUUUGAUUCCUGUUACUUUUGUUCUUUAAUUAAAUGACUACUUAUUGCAGGAAAUGAACAUGUUUCCUAAAGCUUUUUUUUUUGACCCAGGGACAGUUGGGACAAGAUUACAGUUAUUGUGCACCAGAUCAUAUCAAUUCUUUAACCAACCUUCAAAAGGAGGAUCUUAAUUAAGGUCUUUCAUCUUGUGGAAUGUUUCAGACCAGUUCCAAACAGUGUACCAUGAUUGUCAUUCUUCACUAGUCGAGGUUUUGGCCCUCUGAAGAAUGACAAGUUCACUGGUACUCUCAUUCAGAGUUACCGAACUGGACAACUGGAGACUGAAAUGUAACAAUGUACUUUGCAAAACAAAUUAUUUUAAUGCUUUCUUGACAGCAAGAAGAAAACUGUUACUAAACAUUAAUAGUAGAACUGGUUGAGAAAACUGUAAAGCCAGACAUUCUAAUAAUGCGUGAUGCCCAAGAGCAUCUGAGAAUUCAACUCAAAAUACUAUAAGGAAAAACGUAAGAGAAACUAAUACAGUGAUAACUGGCAAGCAUGCCUGAUGAGAGCAACAAAGUGGUGCAUACACACACCAGAUGAGAAUUUCUUUGCAAGAGUUUAAAGCGCUUUCCUGUCAGGAAGUCACUCAAUGCUAAAACCUUGAAAGAAGCACUCUCCAUUUUGUAGCUCCAUUGAGAUUAUCGCCAUGAAAUGUGAACACAAUAAAGAUAACAUGGUAUGUAAAAUUGUUUGUAUAGACUACUACUAAACUGCUGCAAGAUGGUGACUCUAGUCAACACAAAGAGUGGAUGGACCAACUGGCAGUCCCCUCCUGCUGCUCAGCAUGGGGAUCAGGUAACACGGAUACAGCGCUAGUCUUUAUCUAAACUAACAUGUAAGAAUGGAAGGUAAGACAGAGCGCAAUACUUAAAAUACAUCUGCAUGGGCGAUGCUAGAAGAAAUGGAGGAACCAGGGGCAGUGCCCAGGACCAAUGAGACAUGCCAGCUUCAUUGUAGCUAGCUCUGAUUUUGUACAA